UUCUUUCCUUUUUCAAAACAGGUGAUGUUCAACUGUAAUCUGUGUUGUGGACUGUUGCGUCAGCAGCAGGUCGGGCUGUUAUCAGGGUAAACGGAUUCGUUAUCAUCAGUUGCAGCUUAUCUCGCUGCACAACGGAAAUGUAGAGCGAAGACAAGAUGGGAAGUCCGAGUGUUAUCACAUCUGCAGAGCCACGGAGAAUGAAAAUGCGCCCACAUUAUGAGCGACAAACGUUGUACGCAUCACAAUAAUAAGCACCGACUGCACGAAACGCGAAGCGUCGGGAGAAUUAUUGGGGAAGAUAUCGGCGUGUCCCCGACAACGUCCGUGUCGGACUACGUGCUGGUGAUUUUAUCAAAGUGAUACGUGUCAUACGGCAUCAGGUGCAUAUCCUGAGUGUAUGUCCAUAUAGACACCACCAUCGAUAUAAAGAGCAGCACGUGGCAUCGUGUACUAUGUGGAUGAUCAGGAGAGUCAUCAAGAGGACGAGCAGCAGCAGCAGCAGUCGACGUAGUUGCUUCCUGCUCGUCCUCGUCGGCUCUGCCUUGUCCUGGGUGACGCUGUACACGACACUGGCUGUGGUUUCGAGAGCCAGGGUUUGCUGCCUGCUGCCGAGCUUUGGCUUGUCUGCUCAUUAUGAUGACAACGACAAUUACAAUAAUCCACAGCCCAGGCAACUGCAGCAGCAGCACGGGGACUCGCAGCAGUUGCUGGCGGGGCAGAACUCAUCGCCGACUUCCUCGUCGUCUUCUCGACCAGAGUCCAUGUUCCAGGAGUACGGACAACUUUUCGAAACGGAGCUGCUGCGGGACAUUGAGAAGUUUGGGAAGAAGCGUUUGCCGGCGUACGGUUUCCCGCCGGCCAACGUGGGGAUCCUGUUCAACGCAUCGGUGCAGAGGAUCCUCUGCGAGAUGAAGCGAGUCCCUCCUUUCCUGCUCACGGACGAGACCCCGCCGUUCGACGCGAAUCCCCUGGGCAAGUACUUGCACCACCAAGGACCCAUGCUGAAUGGGACCACGUUCAAGACGUGUGCCUGUGUGUCCAGCUCGGGACUGCUCAAGGGCAAGAAGUUGGGCAAAUUCAUCGAUUCCCAUGACGUUGUGCUGAGGAUGAACUUGGCCCCCGUGGUCGGCUACGAAGAAGACGUGGGUUCCAAAACCACUAUUCGAAUCCUCAACAACUCAGUGCUGCGGUGGAUCGACCGGAAGAACAUCCCGGCCAAGAAGAAGCCCUGGGAAUUCGCAGACUCGGUCAAUGCCACUCUUCUGGUCUGGGAGGCGUGUGCAGGCCGUGGACCCUUCACAGACUGCCUGGUCGACUACCUCACCGAGAAGAUAAAGAAGACUCAGGGAGAGUCGAUGCAGUCGUUCUUCCGAUGGAGGAAGCAGAACAUGGACAGGGAGCUGUACUACUUGAACCCUGACUGGCUCUGGAGCCUGUGGGACCUUCUGCAGCUCCACACGCCUGCGUCCAUCGUCGGACAUGUCCCCACCACUGGAUUCAUCGUUGAUUUCUGCUACAUGAACGGGUACCACCCGAAAAAGGCUGAGAUCACCAUGUUGCUGGGCAUGAACGUGGCCAGCUUGGACCAAGUCUUCAGAGAUGGUUACUCCACCAUCCCAGGUUUCGCCUUCCUGAUGCACUUUUGCGAUGAAGUGAAUGUCUUCGAACUGAUCCCGUCCGUCGACUACCGAGAGCGACAGCCGUGUUACUACUACGACGACAAGCAGUCUGAUUUCUGCUACAUGAACGGGUACCACCCGAAAAAGGCUGAGAUCACCAUGUUGCUGGGCAUGAACGUGGCCAGCUUGGACCAAGUCUUCAGAGAUGGUUACUCCACCAUCCCAGCAAUUAUUGUGGUCAUCCGCCAGUUGGUCAAAUCACAGUUGCGCACCCGCCAGUUGUCAAGCGCCAGUUGGUCUAACCGCCAGCCAGGGCAGUCCUUGGCCUUGCCAAUCCCCAGUCCACCAAACCGCAGUUUGGUGGGCUGGGGAUUGGCAAGGCCAAGAACUGCCCUGGCUGGCGGUUGGACCGACCGGCACUUGACGACCGGUGGUUAUGCGCAACCAUGA